AUGGGGGUUAACCGGUUAGUGAGGCUCAAAGUGUAUGACAUGUAAUGGAUGAACAAGUACACCUAAUCCUUUGGAUUUGGAGUUUUGCAUUCAGGAACUAAAGUAUAUGGCAGAGAAUUUGCUUACGGUGCCCAUCCUUACUCCUCUUCUGGAAUAUGCAAAAUUUCCCCAGUAAAUACUUCUGAACUAGGAGAAACAUUUAGAUUUGAAGAAGCUAUUGUUUUAGGGAGCACUGACUUCCUAGAAGAUGAUACAGAAAUUAUAGAAGAACUGGGAAAAAAAUACAAAGGCAAUGCCCAUCAUUUAAAGCACAAAAACUACAAUCAUUUUCCUUCAGCUUUAUCAGAGACUCUUUGUGGGAAAGAGCUUCCUCACUGGAUCAAUCGAUGUGCCUACUUCAGCUUCUAUAUCCCCUUCCUACAGAGCUGCCUCCCAAAGGAGUGGCUCACCCCUGCAGCCCUGAAGUCCAGCGCGAGCCAGGAGCUCCAGGAUGACCUGCAGGAGGCAGGGGAUGCUUUUUCAAUGGCUGCCAUGGCCAAGAGGGCCGCAGGCUCUGGGCCCAGACACUACACUACACUGUAA